AUGAGUCUGUGCGCGCGGGAAGACUCCACGCCGCUGUUGUCUUCUAUUAUACCAGAAGAAACUCACCCACGUGAUAGACCAGCCACGCUCCAAACAGAAGAAAAUAUAAGACUGCAGAGCUACCGAGAAGUGAAAGAAAAUAUAACUGUGAAUACACCGUCUGGAGAAGUUCGUGCGUUAGAAAACAGAGCAACGAUUGUGUCAAGAUUAGAUUUGAUUACCUCAAUAUCUCCAACGAGAAAUAAAAUUUUAGAGCUGUUACGGCCAGAAGACCCCGGAAAAGAUACACUGGAAGCUAUAGUGCGACCCACGCCAAGACGGGGACUGGUGCGACCCUAUGACGAAGACACCAGACGGUUUCUUCAGAGAGCCCUUCUGCCGCCUGAACCUCAACAGUUUUCCCGGUUAUCUAAAUCAGAUAGUGAACAACGAAGAUCAGUUGUAGAAAACGAAGGCAAUGAAAUAGAUAGCAAGCAAAAAAGAGAGAUUCAUGACUUCAAAAAAGAACGAUCUCUAGCGGAGGAACUCAGGGAAGCUGAGGAGGAUGAGAGAUCUGGACCUCAUAUACGGAAACAACUUCUUAGAGAAUUUAGAAAACGUGGCGGAGGAACCCGGGAGGCCAUGGAGAGGGAGAGGCUCGGAAAACUGGCUCUAGCUGUCGAAGACGACGAAGAAAUUGACGAAGAUUAUAGUUUAUCAGCUGCAGCAAGGAAACUAGAUGCGCUACUCGUGGAGUCGAGGAACCUGCACGAGGAACUGGCUGGCAUCCACCAGGACAUCCAGACACAAUGCGCGCGCGCAUGUCGUUGUACGGCGGCGGCUCGCGCGCUGUCAGCGGAGUCGCGGGCGCUGAGGUAUCUAGACGACGUGGUGGCCCUGCUGAGAGGAGACCUGGACGCGGCGAGGAGGACCAGGGCCUGGCCCUUCGCCUUCGGGGCCCGCCAGCCCGGCAGGAACUACAUCAUUUGA